AAUUAUCCCAAAUUCACAGCGCCAGCAUCACUUUUUCGGCUUUCACGGUGUCCACGAUGUUCACGCGGGCGCAGCGGACGUCGUCCAACAGUAUGCCGUCGUGGAUGAACAGUCCAACAGGCGAGACUCCUCCACCUAGUGCUCGUGGUCGAAAAGGUGGCGGUCGCGCCCACACGUCAAGCUUCGGAGAUCCAUCGCAACCGUCUUGGUUGAACGAAUCGACUCCCCGCGCUGCAACGACAACAUGGACUGGCUCCGGCGAAGGCGAUCCGCUCUUGCCGAACAAAGACACAUACGUCGACAUCGGUUUGACUCGCCGACAAUUCAAAGGGCCGUUGGGUAAACGUUACAGCACUGACAUGCUGUGCUUUCUACUCUUUGUCGUGUACAUGGUGGGCAUGGUCGCGCUGGGCAUCGUGGCUUUCGUCCAGGACGGCUUGACUGAAAAGGCGAUUUACUUGACUGAAGGCGUGGAUUUUCGUGGACGUGGCUGUGGUCCCAGCGGUGCAGUGUUUUUCCCCCACUAUCAAACGAACCCGGACUUUGGCGUGUGUGUGACCUCGUGCCCGAUCCAAGGCAUCAAUGUCGACGUCACGCUGCCCGUGCUGUCUUCUGCGGCAUGGGUGAAUGUUUCCGACGUCAUUGCGUCCCCUGUCCCACCGGCCGUUGCCAACGCCACGACAUCCAUGAGCACGACGUUCCAGAGUGUCUCGUUCCCAGGGUACGACACCAUCAAGCAAGGGUAUGUGUGUGCGCCCAAGGAAGCUUUGGACGCUGUUUCUGCAGACACUUCUCAACUCAACGACGUGCUUGGUCUGUACAUCGGCGGUAUUCGACAGAACUGGGAACCACUGCUAUACUCGGCGGGAAUUUGCCUCGGCUUUGCGAUUGUGUACUUGAUCCUGCUCCGCUUUGGCGGGUGCUUCAUCUUGGGUCUCUCCGUCGUGUCGAUUCAAGUCGCACUGGUCGUGGCGGCCGCCUACGUGUGGUCGCUUUCGACCAACGACGGCUUGGACAGACAUGCCCAGAACAUCCUCUUGAUCGUUGCCGUCUUUCUUGUGUGUGGUGCCAUGGCGUACUUCCUCGCCGUCGUCGUGCUCGUCCAACGGCUGCUGCUGGCGGGCAAAUUCCUUGUGUAUGGCACGCGGGUAUUUUCAAACAUGAACAAAAUGGCGUUGAUCCCGUUUGCGUACGCUUUCGCUCUGGUGGCGGUGUUGGCGUGGGGCCUGUCGGUCGCUGUCUGCCUCUUCACAGCGGGCACUGCCGUGGAUGUAGAAGAAGCCAUUCCAGUCGAGUCGGGCGGCACAGUCACGGUGCUCGUGCGGUCGUUCCAGCGCAACACAACCCUUCGGUGGCUUUUUGUCUACCAUGCAUUUGGAAUGUACUGGGUCGUGUCGGUGCUGCUCGCCCUUGUCGAUAUGACGGUCGCCAUGGCCGUGGGUGUGUGGUACUUCACCCCGACGGACCGCCAAACCAAGGCGAAAGCAUUUGAUGUGGCCGAUCCGGUGCAAUUCUCUAUGACAACUAUCGUGAAGUACCAUGUUGGCACAGCGGCGUUCAGCGCGUUGGUUGUCGCGCCCGUGCGGUACAUCCGCAACUUUUUCAUGUAUAUCGACGACCACAAAGAGGCAGAUAUGACUGGCAACUGGUUUGGCCAGCUCUGUUCGACCCUGUGCUGUUGCUGCAUUUGGUGCUUCAAUCGGUUCAUCGUGUUUAUUUGCAAGGAGUCGUACUUUAUCACGGCGAUCGAAGGCACGAGCUUUUACAGCGCCGCAAAAGUCGCGCAUGGACUCAUUACGUCGCGCAUUCUGCGCAUUGGGGCCAUCAACCGCAUCGGAAACGCCAGUGUGUUGCUUGGCAAAACUCUGAUCUGCAGCGCCACCACGGCAGUUGCAUGGACGUUGAUGGCCAACAAGACGUCGCCGUCGUCGAUAGUGGUGCCAAUGGUGGUCGUGGCGCUGGUUUCGUACGCGAUAGCCCACACGUUUAUGACGCUGUACGAGACGUCGAUCAAUGUGUUGCUCUUGAGCUUUGCCCUGGACGAAAGCAUGAACGGAGGACGGAACCGCGCCGAGUUUGCCCAAGCGGAUUUCACCAAGGCGGUCAACGACAACCUGCGGCCAAAAUGGCAAAUUGUUUUGUAAUCGUCAUGGCAAUUUUACACUGGACCGAACGGUCAGUGCAUGUCCAUACCUGCGUGAAUAUACACAUAUCGUGUUUCAACCUUUUUGGACUCGGAAACAAACGGAUGGUCAAGAUGAAGUCCCUACCCGACCGACGUCCACUGAUGGAUGGAACCGUCCUGUGCAGUUUGAUCAACCACGUUGAAUAGAACGCAAUAUGCAAACGAGAGAUCGAUGGCGGUGCUGAA